AUGGGUGAUAUCGAACAAAGAAGAGUGGAUAUAGGAAAUUGUUCCUCCUUGAUUGAAUUAUUUUUAUUGGGAUUUACUGAGAACACUGAGAACAAAGUGAUGCUUUUUACCAUAUUUCUACUUGUUUAUCUCAUUAACCUGGCAAAUCUUGGAAUGAUAAUCCUGAUUAGAAUGGAUCCCCAGCUGCACACACCCAUGUACUUCUCCCUCAGCCACCUCUCCUUCUGUGACAUCUGCUAUUCCACAGCAGUUGGCCUUAAGAUGCUGAUGGACCUAUUUGCCAAGAACAAGUCAAUCCCCUUCUAUGGCUGUGCUCUGCAGUUCGUCUUCUGUAUCUUUUCAGAUUUGGAGUGUCUGCUGCUGGCAGUGAUGGCCUAUGAUCAGUACAAGGCCAUCAGCAACCCUUUGCUCUAUGCAGUCAGCAUGUCUAGCAGAGUGUGCUCCCUGCUCAUGGCCAGGGUUUACCUGGUGGGAAUGGCAGAUGCUGUGAUACACACAACAUUAGCAUUCCGCUUAUGCUUCUGUGGGUCAAAUGAGAUUUACCACUUCUUUUGUGAUGUUCCUCCUCUCCUAUUGCUAUCUUGCUCUAAUAUCCAGGUCAAUGAGUUGGUGAUACACAUGGUUUUUGGUUUCAUUGAACUGAGUACCAUUUCAGGCAUCCUUGUUUCUUAUUGUUAUAUUAUCCUUUCAGUCUUGAAGAUCUACUCUGUUGAGGGGAGGUUCAAAGCUUUCUCCACCCGCAGCUUCCACCUAACUGCUGUGAUAAUUUUCCAGGGAACCCUUCUCUGCAUGUAUUUCAGGUCGAGUUCUUCCUACUCUCUAGAUCAAGACAAGAUGAUCUCAUUAUUUUACACCCUUGUGAUUCCCAUGUUAAAUCCCCUGAUUUACAGCCUGUGGAACAAGGAUGUGAAAGAGGCCCUAGAAAAGUUGAAAACUAAACUGUGUUUUUAA